AUGGCCGACGGUCAAGAAGCCGAUGUCGACGACCCGCCCAGUAUCAAUUUCCCUCCGCUCAUCACUGUCUCUGAUCUGCCAAGUGCCACUGCUGCAGGUAACCGGGACUGAAUGAGGAGAGAGGACAACAAUGAUUCAUCAGACCUGUCAGGGGAGCGGGUGGCCUCUGUCUUACUGUGUCUGUGUGUGAGAGAGAGAGAAAGAGGACGGUGGAUGAAAUGUCAUGCAGAGUUGAGGAGAAAGCAUAAACAGCAGAAAUAGAUGUGUUAUUGAGGGUGGUUGCUGUGUAAUAAGGUGUGGCCCUCGUGGAUAAAUGGGUACAGCAUGUCUGGAAUAACAGGGGUGUGAAACAGUGACUCACACUGCGCAUUCCUGCUGCUAUAGCCCAUAAAUUAGAGAGAUACUAGAACAGGAGGUGACUGUUAGAGCCAGUAUGCAUGUUUACCAUCAUUUUAAGUGUUUGCAAUAUCAUGAACUGAAGGUACUUUGAUCGGAGGUGCUUACAGUAAUCACAUUUAUGUAAAUAGUGUUAAAUAGCAUGUGCAUUACGGCUUAAUAAGGGAGCAAUAUAACAAGGAUUUCUGCACAGAUAAGUAGUAAAAAAGUGUGCAGUCUGAACAGAAGCAGCUCUCCUCUAAAAUGCUGGAUUCUCAUAUUACCUCCGUACCGUAAAUCAUAAAUUCACUUAAAGAUCUGCUCAGAGGAAGCUUAGCCAAAUCAAUUAUUCAUUCACCAGUUUUUAACAUUAUCAGUCCUUUAGAGACUUACUGUUAUGUUACUUUUAGUUUAUGGAAAAGUACAAGUUUAAAUUCUACUACAAACUUCUGUUUGUUGGUGUAACGUCUGUGUCCUCACCAGGCCGUAACCUGAAGGAAUGGCUACAGGAGCAGUUUUGCGACAAACCCCUGGAGCAGGACGACAUGCGGCUCCACAACGCUGCCUACGUCGGAGACCUGGACACCCUGAGGAACCUGCUGCAGGAAGACAGUUUCAGACGGUGGGAGGAAACGACAAUAACAGUUAUUGUGUAUAUUGCACUUGGAGCCAGGUUUAUUUAUGGAGCUUAUUACCUGUGAGAGCAAGUGCAACUUCAGCGAUAGAAUCUCUCAAUCAGAGGGUUGGCAGUCUGAGCCCAAGUGUCUCCUGUCGAAACACACAGAGCUCCUCAAAAGGUCCCUAGUAUGAACACUUUCACACAAGCGCUUUUGCAGGAAACAAUACUUAGAUUUUUUUAAAGGGUAUUUUUUCAUGCAUUCUGCCUUUAUUAGAUAGGAAAGAGAAGAGAGGGGGGAUAUGUGCAGCAAAGAGUUGAACCAGCAGCUGUUAGGACAAGGUCUGUAGCCAAAAUAGAGUCAUCAUUGGGUAGUUACUAGUUUUUAGUUAGUUUGUUCUGGAUUGGAUAGAUUGUGUCUUUACGUUUUUCACAAUUAAAUAAAGGUGAAAUCACUAUGGCAUGUCAGCAAAAUCUCAUUAUCAUGCAUCCCUGAAGUGAAAUACUCUGGAUUUGUUCUCAAAGUUGCCAUGAAUGUGUUCGAGGGGUAAGAAAAUGCAGUAUUCGGUUACGUUUUUGGAGGCCUUCACAAUAGUCUUUGUUCAUCGUUGAUCACUGUAUCCAUCAUGUCACUGCAGAGCCGGCAGCUUGUGUCCAGAGUGUUCUUGUGUGGCAGUAAGUGGUUUGUGGUUUCAGUGCUAAGGGGGUUUGUGUGGUGGGUUUGCUGAGUGACAGCCUGAGAGAGAGACGUGUUGUACAGAAUACGUCCUUCCACUUCUGCACCACAGAACAGUCCUGUAGAAUUUAACACACUCCAUAUGCUGGGUGCUCAACCCUCAUGGCCUUAGAGCGCUUUUCCCACUGUCCCUAUAUAAGUGCGUCCAUACAGGUCCUGAGACUCAUAAUGCAGUGUCACAGCCGUAGUGUUGGGGUCAGAACUCGAUAACCCUAAUCUGACAGCUCUCAUAUUGCAGGACUUCGAUACGCAGCCAAUGGUUAUUACCAUUUCUACCAUUAAAUCCUCUGUGUGGAGUUUUGAUGUGGUGAUAAAACAGACUUACAUCAGCAGAAAAAACAACACACCAUCUGCAAGAUGAUUGACUGUACUUUUUAAUGCCUGUAAUCAAUGUAGAGGAGUGGGUGUCAGACUAGAUGACUGACAGCUAAAGGAAAGAGCGAACACUUUGACCUCGAGUUGAUUUUUCAUGAAUUCAAAUAUACUUUAAGAUGUUGCACCACAUAUGCACAACAAAGAAGAAUCUGCAUUGUCAGCUCCUCACCACUCUCCUUCCUCUGUCUCUCCAGGCGCAUCAAUGAGAAGUCUGUGUGGUGCUGCGGUUGUCUGCCCUGCACUCCUCUGCGGAUCGCAGCCACAGCCGGACACGCAGCCUGCGUGGCUUACCUGAUCGGUGAGGGCGCAGAGGUGGACCUGGUCGAUGUUAAAGGUCAAACUGCCCUCUACGUCGCCGUGGUUAACGGUCAUCUGGACUGCGUCAGGAUCCUUCUCGAAGCGGGGGCUGAUCCCAAUGGAAGUCGCCACCACCGCAGCACCCCGCUGUACCACGCAGCACGUGUGGGACGUCUGGACAUACUGCAGGAGCUCAUAAGGUUAGGUCAGGAGAGGCUAAGUCUCAAAGCCAGCUGCACUGAAACGCUGACUUGUGUGGUUACAGUCAGUGCCUUUGUUUUCUUUUACAAUUUUGGUCCUGUUUUUGUUUGUGUAAUGAAUCCUCCACGGGUUAGCAUUUUGAGCCAAUGAUAGCCGUGUGAUGCAACGUUUUCUCCUGCUUCAGGCACCAGUUGAGUUAUUUCUUGCACAAACAGAGGUGUAAUCUGCUCCAGAAUACACAAAAUUACAUCUUUCCGUCACAGGGUUCUCACCAAUAACAACCUGCCUGUUGUUUCAUGACAACAUUUCCUCUUGGUUUUAGCUGUAUCCAUGUUCCUCCUGUCCAGGUUCAAUGCUGAUGUAGACAUGGACCACCAGCUGGGUCCCCGGCUCCUCUUAAGUGCUCGAACCCUCAACACCCUCGUGGUGUGUCCUCUCUACAUCAGUGCUGCCUACCACCACCUCCCCUGUUUCCGACUGCUGCUCCAGGCCGGAGCUCAGCCUGAUUUUAACUACACAGGACCGGUCUGCCACGAGGCUCUGACCCGCGGCCUGGCCUCCUGCCUGCUGGAUGCUGUGCUGAGACAUGGCUGCGAGGUGGCCUUCAUCUACCUGCUGCUGGACCACGGGGCUAAUCCUGCUCUUGUGCCCUGGGACGAGGCAGAGCUGGAGACUCCUAAUCGGAGGAAGGUGGAUCCAGAGGCACUGAAGGUCUUCUUGGAAGCAAGGAGUGAGUAAAACCUGAAGACAUGCCGGCAUUAAUGAGAAUUAAAGGGAUAUUCUGGCGUAAAAUUAAUUUCGGGUCAAACACACCAAAACACAGAGAGAUAAAUGUCGCCAACCGCUUGCUUCUCUAGUCAUACCAACUUUAGUAAUGACCGCAUGAUAGGAAUAUGCAGCAGUCUGAGGAGCCAUAAACAAACUUCAACCAGAACGGCACUCUAUAGCCACAAAUAAUGCUCAGAACAGCACCUAACUUCAUCAACAGUACAUACAGGGUCCCAGCCAUAGUACUACCCACCAAACAUCAUUUUAACUUUGCCUAAUUUCUUUAGCAAAGAGACUAAACACAACUCACCUACUCUCUUCCAGCAGCUGCUUGUUUGUAGCGAGAUCUCGACCAGUCGAUUACGAACUGUAGCGGAGUUUCACAGUUCAAGGAAGAACAUUUAUGAUCAUUACUUUAUCAUUUCCUUGAAGUAAUAAUCACCAUAUUAAUCAUUUUUCACUGCAGACACGGUAGUUCUUCUGUCUUAGUGUCUCGGUCUGAUUGCAUUUCCAUGAAGAAAUGAUCAUAAAUGUUCUUCCUUGAGCUGUGAAACUCCGCUACGCCCACAAACAAGCAGCUGCUGGAGGAGAGUAGGUGAGUUGUGUUUAGUCUCUUUGCUAAAGAAAUCAGGCAAAGUUAAAAAGAUGUUUGGUGUCUAGUGCUAUUGCUGGGACCCUAUAUGUACUGUUGAUGAAGUUAGGUGCUGUUCUGAGCAUUAUUUGUGGCUAUAGAGUGGCAUUUUGGUUGUCUCUGUACUGCUAUCUGCGAUCGUUACUAAAGUUGGUAUAACUAGAGAAGCAAGCAGUAUACAACAUUCAUCUCUCAAGGGGGUGUCUAACUCGGUGUCACGGUGUGUUUGACUCUAAAUUAAUUUCACGCCGGAAUAUCCCUUUAAGGCUUGACGAACCAAAUUAGGUUCAGUGUGGGCGUUCUGACUGGUCUGCAGCCCCUUCGAGUCCUGACACCUCGCUUCCAAAACUAGCAUUGGCUUACAGCAGUUUGAGCUCCAUUUGCUCUUAUGCUCUUAUUUCCAACUACAUACUAACUGCUGCAGACUCAGAGCACUUUAUGCUCAUCUUUUUCCUGCUCCGAAUGCAUCAACUUCAAGAUAAAAUAUCUCACUCACUGACAGCUGCCAUUUUAAAGAGAUAACUGAUGCCGUUCACUUCCCCCUGUCAUAAUGUUGUGGCUGAAAGGUGUUUAUCUGCAUCCUUGGUGCAGACACACUUCCAUCUGGUUCUUGUCAGGAGUGGCACCAUUAUUUACCUAUUUAUGAAGCAGGUUUGACACAACGACUGACGGUGCAGAGAUGUGCUUUUGCUACUGAUUUCUAACAUCACAAUCAUGUCUGCUGCAGCUCAGUAGUUACAUGACCAGCAGGGACUGGUGUUACCUGGACUGAACCGUGUUAUCAUGUCAGGUUAUAAUUAACUCAAAUCUGUUAAAAAGCUUCUGCUGCUAAUCAGACCCACCUUUACUUUUUUUCCCCCCUUCAGGAAACCCGCGAAGGCUCACACACCUGUGUCGCAUCAGGAUCCGCAGGACGCUGGGUAAAAGCCGUUUAAACCACAUAACCUCAUUACCACUACCGCAGCCCAUCAAGAACUUCCUGCUCCACCAGAACUGA